AUGAGGCAGCAGAAGCAGAAGCAGAAGCACCGACGACUGGGAUGUGGCGACCAAGAUGCCGAGGCAACAGCAGCAGCAGCAGCGAGCCCCGGGAGGCGGAGACCAGGUGCCUGCGGCAGCAGCAGCAGAAGCACCGAUGACUGGGAUACGGUGCCCAGGAGGCCAAGGCCGCAUCUAGCACUGGGAACCGGAGACCUGGCGGCUGAGGCAGCAGCAGCAGAAGCACCAACGACUAGGAUGCACAGCAGCAGCGACCACUGGGAACCAGAGACCUGGCAGCUGAGGCUGCAGCAGCAGAAGUACAAACGAUUGGGGUGUGGUGUAUGGGAGGGCGAGGCAGUAUCAGCAGCAGCAGCAGCAGCUAGCACUGGGAGCCAGAGAACUGGACGGAUGAGGCAGCAGCAGGAGAAGCACCGACAACUGGGAUGCAGUGACCGGGAGUCCGAGGCAACAGCAGCAGCGAGCAUUGGGAACCGGAGGCCGAGACAGCAGCAGCAGCAACAGCAACAACGAGCACUGGGCACCGGAGACCUGGCGGCUAAGGGAGCAGUAGCAGAGGCACGGGUGACUGGGAUGCGGAGAAAGGGAAUCCGAGCCGACUGGGAGGCGGUGAUCGGGAGACCGAGGCAGCAGCAGCAGCAGCAGUGA